AUGAUUUUCUCUGUAGUGAGCGUGAGGGCGUUGGAUGUCACAGUGACCCAGAGCAGCAUCCAGGUAGCCCGCGGCCAGGCGGCCAUCUUGCCCUGCUCUUUCUCCACCAGUGCUGCCCUCAACAACCUCAACAUUAUCUGGAUGGUCAUCCCGCUGUCCAAUGCCAACCAGCCCGAACAGGUAACCCUCCUCUAAACAUGUGUAUGUGAUCUGUGUUGUCUGUGUGCCUCAAAACCGUGUUAAUCCUCGGAGGUAAAGCCUAGGCAGGCAUUAGCUGUUGAAAGCUAACACAAGUCUUCAGGUCACAGGCAAGGUUACUGGCCCAUACACCACCAUCACAUCCCUCCCCACAGUUCCAUACACCUACGCUCCCUCCCUAACCAACAAAAUCUCUCAAAACAACUUUAUUGACGCGCCAGACUGGUCACCUCAAUAAGGAUUUGUGAAUAUACUGGACUGUAUUCCCAUGUGACCCACAUGAGUCGCACUCUGACAAUAAUCACACCGCAUGCUUCUGUGCCAGGCCCCCUGGGUAUUGUAGUGUUUGGAGCGUGGCGUACGGCACAUACAACACACGCCUGGCCCACCAGACUAGUCCCUGUGAACAGACUUUAUCUAUAGCCGAGCCAGAACCGGAUGUAAGUGGCUGCUCCUGCAUGCCCAAAGAAGGUCGCUGUUGUGUUGUAAGGCCAUCAAACAAAGCACGCAGGUUUCUCCUGGCCCUUUGAUUCGGUCUGAUUUCCUCUCAUCUGCAGCUGCAGGCACCACAACCUCACCUGCCUCCAACACGUUUAACCUCAUCCACAUAACGUAAUAAUCUUCUGCACUAAUUAACCUGGAGCAGCUGUUCUCACCAACACACACAGGCACACGGGCACACAUGCACACACACACUCAGAUAAACGCAUGCAUGCGUGGGAGCACGCACACACACAACACACAAUCAGGCCGACAAGCACACACAUGCGUGGACACGCACACACACAUACAUACAAUGAGAAGUAAUAAACACACUUACAUGACACACACACACACACACACACACAGUAACCACAUUCAGAAAAACAUACAUAGAGGUGCAUGCAGCUGAAAAAUAUCCAAUCUUAUCCAAAUGUGCACACAAGUGCACACACACGCACCAUGCUCACACAUCACACCUACACACAAGGUUGCACUGCACAGGUAUGUACAUGCACCCACACACACAGAGAGGCUGUUUUGACACAGUCAAACGCACAGAUGGAGAGUGAAUUGCUAACGUAGAGCCAUUGGCUGUCUUAACCUCCUUCACGCCUGUCUGAGCACCCUUUUGGUGUAAACGGCGAGGCUCGGGAAACAUUGUGUCUGGAUGAUUCUAGCACGAAGGAAUUAUUCCACCACAUUCAUUUGGUGACGUAGUCUCAGCGGAGUACAGAUGUGCUGUGUAUGUGUGCCACCUCAGGCUUUCAGGCACCGCUACAACAGGAAGAAGACAGUCAGCUCUCGGCUAGCACGACAACACCUCAUCAGCGCUACAGUACAGUACAGUAAAGUAUUGAAGUCACCUACACUAAUCAACUUGGGUAAAGUAGUUUGAGUGCACCACAAUCAUGUAAAAUUGGCCACACGUUACAAUAGAUACAGUAUGUUUUGCACCAGAGUCAAUACCAGUAGAAUAACCAGUUGUAAUUACCCGGUAACAAGCUAGUAAAUACAUACAGGUAUGACCUAAUAUGCUUACCUCUUAACUCUAACUUAAGCUCUAAACAGAAUUAACAUUGGUAAGAACUGUGUCAUCGUCUGUAGUUGACAUGCUUAUUAAAGGGUAGUUACAGAAGUUAUUCACCUAAGAGUUAUAUUGGAAUAGUACCAGUAAUAUAAAGUAUUGCCGUACCAUAACAGCAUUUUGUACCUGUGCAAGAGUUCAGUAAAUGUUUGAAAUAGGGAGAAACUUCUAUCACAAGCGUGCUAGUACUGCAUCUUCAUGUUGUCUGGUGGGCUGUCUGAAAAGUUCACUGUGGUUUGAGUGUACACCGCUGCCAGUGUUGCGACAGCACAAGGUCACUCUGUAGGAAAUGGCUGUCAUGAAUGAUUAUGGUUCGAGCCAUACACCAUGCAUAGUUUCUGAAAUGAUCUUAUAAAUCUAAGUUUAUGACACAUACAUAUUUUUUUUAUAGAAAACAGACAAUAAUUAAAAGCGUACAGUCUAUUAAAGUCCUACGUUUUGUCACGUGUGAAGUUUGAUCACAGUAUUCAGUUUUAUGAUUUUAUAUGAUAUAAAAAUGAUUUAUAUUAAUUUAUAUGAUUUGUCUUUCUAAAAGAACCACAGGAGUGUUAACACUGGAAAUUACAGGCCUCGAGGGACCCCACUUUGAGCAAAUGACGACUCUUUUGGACGUCAAUAUUCUAAUGUUGGGACCAGUAUCCAACUAUGGAAUGAAAGGCAUACUAAUUCUUCCUCACUUACCACACAUAGGCCUAUGCAUACUUGUUUGUUUACUAGUGCAGACUCUCUCGGACUGCUUCGUGUAUUUGGUAUCUUUUAGAGCAUCCCUGUGGUUAUGAUUAAGAUAUAAAUAAGUUGUUGAUAGAGUUUAGUUCACCCAGCUCUAAAUUAAAUGUGAGAACAUCAGUCGUGCUCCUCAAAGACUCAACACUCAUAAACCAUCAACCUUUUAGGCUGACUGACUAUCAGAUCCGUCUGCUCACUUCGCAAAGACAGCUCUUCUAAUUCUUCAGUUUGUUUACUCUAAUCUUCCAUGUUUAGCCUCAGAUUAAAGGGGCAAUCUGCAGUAGCUACAUACAUUUUUGGACUGAUAUGUACCUAUUGAUUCUUAAGAAUAUCACUUAUAAAUGUCUCAAGAGCUUAGUUCAACUGUCGUACCCCAUCAGAACCCAAAAUAUAAGCUUGUUUUACUCCAAUGUUUGUAAACAAAGUAAAGCCUCAAAACAAAGUAUAGCCACAAAAUAUGGUUUAAACUAUACAUUUGAUAACAUGGAUGGUCAGUACUUGCACCCAUAGCUCUGUCUAUGAAUUUGAGUGGUUACAUUUUUUCCAGCCCCAUCCCUCAGAUUUAGCAAAACAAUUGUGGGGAGAAGCUUUGUUAUUGUUUCAACUGCUGAUUGCCGCUUUAAGGCAGAAAGCGUGCAGAUGGUGAGGCCUGGUGUGUAGAGCCUUGGAAAUUAAUCUGUUCAUUCUUCUUGACUCCCUAAUAAACACUGCUGUAUCCUGAUGCUAGGUGUUAUAGGAAGUAUAGGAGAUGAUUCAGACCAGGGUACUAUUCACUAGGCACAAAACUGAAGAAAACGGGCCAAAACUAUCUGAACUUGCCCAAUAAGAAACGUUUUUUAAACCUUUUGCAACGUUUUGCUAUACGUUGUGCCCUAAUGAAUACAACCCAUGUCAUGGCUGGUGAGUGUUGGGAAGGGGGUUGUUCAGUGGCUUACAGGCAGGGAGAGGGAAUGGGAUGGCAGAGGGAUAUGGCAGUGGACAUGGUCUUUGGGGCCAGGCCAGUUCUUACUAGGGAUCACCGCCAUCUGCACACUGUCCAUGACCUCUUUUCCCGGCUACGCGUUAGGUCGCCAAUGAGGUCACACGAGAGUGAGGGGUGAUCUCACGCACACACACACACACACACACACACACACACACACACACACACACACACACACACACACACACACACACACACACACACACACACACACACACACACACACACACACACACACACACACACACACACACAGACAGACAGACAGAGAUACACAGUGGCUGCUGCGGUCGCGGGUGCGUUUGGGUCUUAUCACAGCUGAAGGGCUGCCUAUUCAUCUGCACAUAAGAAGACAAAGCGUACAGCGCUCAGGAAAUUGCGGCUCCGCAAUUUACAUGCAGUUAAGCAACAGUGCGGCGGGAGGAAGGGAGAGGAGAGAACAUCACACAGCUCUACUGAGACGGUUCUGUGGCUCCCUGGGUCCUUUGAACAGAGCAGUUCAAUGGGGUUUCUUUCAAACAACGCUGAAUAGCCUCCCUGAUUCCUCAGCAUGCUUUUGUGUGCCUGGCUAAAGGGUUAGGUGUUUUUUAUUUAGAAGGUGCGCGCAAAUGGCUGCUUCUAUCAGAGUUCAAAGCAACAAAAAGCUUUUGAACACCUCCGACACUCAAACAUGCAGCUCGGAAGAGCUCAAAUCAAUACAGGGUUUCAUUUCAAUCUUACUAAUAUCUUUCUGGAUGUUUUUCCACUUUGGCAUCACUUUUCUGAAGAUAAAUUGCAUUGCUGAUGAAUUGAUCAUGUCAAUAGCGUUAUGCUUCUUCAAAUUAUUACCAUAGUUACCAUAGUUUGGUGUUUUAGUUCCUUGUUGUGUAUGAUUGUAACAGUAUGUUGACCAUUGAGCUGUGCCCCCCUUUCUGUUCCCCAUUUUUAAGCAUGGAGGCUGCUCUUAAAUUCAUGCUUGUUGUAAUGUAAAAUACUUGCAUAGUUCAGGACAUUUUGAAAUGAUCAUAUUCUGUGCAUUAUCAUCCAAGAACAACCAUGUUAUACAUGGAUGGACCACCUUCCAUCCUUUCAGUUGUCAAGUGAUGCUUCAGUUUAUACUGCAACACUAGGUCGCCCUCUUGUGAAGGUUUGUUGCACCUACACUCUUUAGUGUCCAGAAUCCUCAUGCGCUCACUUGCCUGGCUGUUGAUUCUCUGUUGUUUGGUUUUAUUUAACUGUGGGAUGAAGUAUUGCAUUUUAAUUAACUUAAUUAAACAUUACUUGUUGAAUUAUCUCUAGUGUGUACCAGAGAAAGGCUUUUGAUAAACUUUAUAGGAUUACAUUUAACCUAAGUGAUUGUUUUUCAAAUCAAAUCAAAUAAAAUGUUAUUUGUCACAUGUGCCGAAUACAUUACAUUUACAUUUUACAUUUACGUCAUUUAGCAGACGCUCUCAGGUGUAGACCUUACCGUGAAAUGCUUACUUACAAGCCCAUAACCAACAACGCAGUUCAAGAAAGAGUUAAGAAAAUAUUUACUAAAUAAACUAAAGUUUAAAAAAAUCUAAAAUGUGUAAGUCGCUCUGGAUAAGAGCGUCUGCUAAAUGAUGUAAAUGUAAAUGUAAAAUAAAAAGUAACACAAUAAAAUAAUAACGAGGCUAUAUACAGGGGGUACUGGUAUCGAGUCAAUGUGCGGGGGUACAGGUUAGUCGAGGUAAUUUGUACAUGUAGGUAGGGUGUCACGGAUUCUGCCGAGGCUGCCCCUCCUCCUUGCUCGGGCAGGCUUCGGUGUUCGUCGUCACCGGAAUACUAGCUGCUGCCGAUCUAUGUUCUAUGUUUCUAUGUUGCACCUGUUGUCUAUUGUCACACACCUGUUGCCCAUUAUUGUAAUCACGCCUUCCCUAUUUAACCCAAUGUGUUUUGUGCGUGGUUGUUUCCGUUUCGUGUGUUGUUUGUGAGCGGGUUAGUUCCUCCCUGUGUGGAGAUAUUUCUGUAUUGUAUUCUUUACUCAUUUCUCAGUAAAGUACGUUUCUUCAAGUUCUGUGUCCUGCGCCUGACUUCGACCCACUGACACGCGUGACAUAGGGGUAAAGUGACUACGCAUAGAUAAUAAACAGCGAGUAGCAGCAGUGUAAAAACAAAGGGUGGGGGGUGUCAAUGUAAAUAGUCUGGGUGGCCAUUUGAUUAAUUGUUCGGCUUGGGGGUAGAAGCUGUUAAGGAGACAAUAGUUUUGGAGAGAUUGCCUCUAUAAGAUGUUACUAUAACUAUUCCAAACUGUGCAACAAGGAUCUGUGAGUCUUUGACAAUUUUUUGGGCCAUCCUCUGACACCGCCUAGAAUAUAGAUCCUGGAUGGCAGGAAGCUUGGCCCCAGUGAUGUACUGGGCCGUACGCACUACCCUCUGUAGCGCCUUACGGUCAGAUGCCGAGCUGUUGCCAUACCAGGCGGUGAUGCAACUGGUCAGGAUGCUCUCGAUGGUGCAGCUGUAGAACUUUUUGAGGAUCUGGGGACCCAUGCCAAAUCUUUUCAGUCUCCUGAGGGGGAAAGGUGUUGUGGUGCCCUCUUCACGACUGUCUUGGUGUGUUUGGACCAUGAUAGUUUGUUGGUGAUGUGCACACCAAGGAACUUGAAACUCUCGACCUGCUCCACUACAGCCCCGUCGAUGUUAAUGGCGGCCUGUUCGGCCCGCCUUUUCCUGUAGUCCACGAUCAGCUCCUUUGUCUUGCUCACAUUGAGGGAGAGGUUGUUGUCCUGGCACUACACUGCCAGGUCUCUGACCUCCUCCCUAUAGGCUGUCUUAUUGUUGUCGGGGAUCAGCCCUACCACUGUUGCGUCGUCAGCAAACUUAAUGAUGGUGUUGGAGUCAUGUUUGGCCACGCAGUCGUGGGUGAACAGGGAGUACAGGAGGGGACUAAGCACGCACCCCUGAGGGGCCCCAGUGUUGAGGAUCAGCGUGGCAGAUGUGUUGUUGCCUACCCUUACCACCUGGGGGCGGCACGUCAGGAAGUCCAGGAUCCAGUUGCAGAGGGAGGUGUUUAGUCUCAGUGUCCUUAGCUUAGUGAUGAGCCUUGUGGGCACUAUGGUGUUGAACCCUGUAGUCAAUGAAUAGCAUUCUCACAUGGGUGUUCCUUUUGUCCAGGUGGGAAAGGGCAGUGUGGUGUGCGAUUGAGAUUGCGUCAACUGUGGAUCUGUUUGGGAAUUGGAGUGGAUCUAGUGUUUCCGGGACGAUGGUGUUGAUGUGAGCCAUGACCAGCCUUUCAAAGCACUUCAUGGCUACCGACGUGAGUGCUACGGGCCGGUAAUCAAUUAGGCAGGUUACCUUCACUUUCUUGGGCACAGGGACUAUGGUGGUCUGCUUGAAACAUGUUGGUAUUACAGACUCGGUCAGGGAGAGGUUGAAAAUGUCAGUGAAGACACUUGCCAGUUGGUCCGCGCAUGUUUUGAGUACACGUCCUGGUAAUCCGUCUGGCCCCGCGGCUUUGUGAAUGUUGACCUGUUUAAAGGUCUUGCUCACAUCGGCUACGGAGAGCGUGAUCACACAGUUGUCCGGAACAGGUGGUGCUCUCAUGCAUGCUUCAGUGUUGCUUGCCUCGAAGUGAGCAUAAAUGGCAUUUAGCUCGUCUGGUAGGCUCGUGUCAUUGGGCAGCUCGCGGCUGGGUUUGUCUUUGUAGUCCGUAAUAGUUUGCAAGCCCUGCCACAUCCGACGAGCGUCAGAUUUAAGAUACCGUCAUACCCUUUAUUUCCUCCAGAUCCAACAAUUCAGAGCAUUAUGUUUGUAUCUCAAUAUAAAGCUCUGCAUCAAUUGACAUCUAGGUAAUGCACUUUUCCCUGCUGACCCAGGAUGGAUAGAGUUGGCCACAGUUUCAUAAACUCACACCUGGAUGUACAGUGACAGAAAAUGUCUGAUGUUCCAUAGAAAUAUAAGUGGUCAUUCGCACAUCCUAGAAAUAUAACAGAAAGGCCGGCAGAUUGUAUGUUCCUAAUUCGAUCCAUAGGAACUUCGUUAGGUCAAACUAAUGAUAUUCCAUAUAAAUGGUGUUAGUGAAUCUCUGCCUUUGUCUUUCUCAUCUCAGGUGAUCAUCUACCAAGGUGGCCAAGUGUUCAGUCUAGCCAACCACUUAAAUGGCCGGGUGGGUUUCGUGGCCACCAUGCCCAGCACAAGUGCUUCUAUCUUCAUCAACAACACCCAGCUGUCAGACACGGGGACCUACCAGUGCCUGGUCAACAACCUCCCCGACAGAGGGGGGCGAAACAUCGGGGUCAUCGGCCUCACCGUGCUGGGUAAAACACACACUGCUGCAUUAGAAUUACAAUGAAGUUGUAUACUAUACACAUAUAGCCUGGCCACUAUAACUUGACUACUGACCAGGCUACUGUGCAUAGCCUACUGUGAUACAAAUGGAUGCAUUAAAACGAGAAAGUGUAAACGCAUUGCAUAUUGUAAGAAUUCUAUUGUAUGACAUGAGCUUUUAUUUUGACAAAUGAGUGUCCUAAGCUGGUUUUAAAUAUGGCUCUUAUAGCAUGCUGGGACACCACAGUUCUGUAUGUGUAUACUAUAAAAACAAGACCUGCUUUGGAUAAGAGCAUCUGUUAAAUGACUCAAAUGUAACGUAAAAUGUAACCCCAAUGCCUCUUCAGGAGGCUAGGAUCUGUCUGUGCUGAUCGCUAAGGUACUAACUAUACCCCUCUCUCUCUCUCCCUCCUUCCUCUCCAGUGCCCCCCUCGGUGCCCGCAUGCCGUAUCCAGGGAACGCUGGACGUGGGCGCUGACAUCAUGCUGAUGUGCAGCAGCGAGGAGGGGAUCCCCACGCCCACCUACGCCUGGGAGAAGUUGGAAUCGCUGCCCAAGCUGCCCCACACCGCCAUGCAAGGUAUUAAACCCCUGGCCGUGGGCGUGCCCUUUUGCCCCACCUUCGCUGGUAAAUCAACGAGUAUCUUCACGUGGCUCAGCCCGCCCACCCCCCAACUCUGCCCCUCAGGGUGCCACCACCCACCCUGGUCCAGUUCAGGGCCUGCAUUCACAAAGCAUCUCACAGUAGGAGCUGGUCACCAGUUCCUGUCAUUUUAGUAAUUAUGAUCUACAAGGUAAACUGAUCCUAGAUCAGCACUCCUACUCUGUGACGUUUUUUGAAUACGGACCCAGUUUUAUUUGUGUGUGUGUGUGUGAGCCGUGCAGUGGCCUCUCCUCUCUCUCUCCAGCUGUGUCAUCACAGCACAGUGUGUUUCUCACCGUACUACACUACUGCUCGCUUCAACACAAGGCUACCCUCCACAAGAACCAAUCGGCUUAGGUUUCCUUCAUUACUCCUCCUCCUGCCGGUCUGUGUUGUUUAACACAGUAGACAUCAACUGUACCGAUACUGCCACCAUGAUAUCUGUCUGCAAAACAGCCCAUGUUGCAGAGAAGAGGGUAGUGGUGAUAUCUAGGCCAGUAAUCUGGAUGUAGUGCUUAUGUGGAUUGUUCCAAGCUCCUAUGGUAGCCUUUUCUUAAAGGCAGUAGUGUAAUAUAACGUAAUACUCCAUAAAGUAUCAGACAUAUGAACAAUGGCACUGUAACUGGGUUUAUAUCAGCAAGGUGCUGUAUAAUAUACAAAAUAUACACCAGCCGUUUUACGGUAAGUGAUUUGGUGCCCUCUAUUGGGUUUUUGCCAGUAGUCCCAGUUAAUGUACCAUAUCCUAAAGUAAGUUGAAUAAUGCUGUUACUUGAAAUAACAUAUCUGCAUAAGCUAAAUAAGCUGUGCUCAACAAUUAUUUCAACUGCCUAAAUGAUUUGAAAUUAUUUUGGUUAUUUCAAUUAUGUAAGUAAUGUAUGAAUGUAUUGGAACACAUUACAAGCAAAUGGUUACAUGAAUCAUUAGUCCAAAAGGAAUUUCAUGCAUAUUUAAUGCCAAUGCAUUUUAAUAAGAUGUUUUUGUGUUUUGUCUAUUUGUUCUGGGAUUGUUGAUGGUGUUCCCCAGUGAUGUUUUAACCCCAGACUGGCAUGGUUUGUGUUUAAACCCCAGACCAAAUGCAAGGGACCGUAACACUGAGGAACAUCAGCACCAGUACAUCUGGUCUGUACCAGUGUACAGCCUCCAACGCCAUCGGCAAGAGCACCUGUCUACUCAACCUGCAGGUUGUGGCACGUAAGUACCCAACAUAAUGAUGACAUAAGCACGGCUUUGUGCAGUACCACUCGGGAAUAAAAAAAUAAAAACUAAAAAAAAAGUUACAUCCUUUGAAUACACAUUUUAAUGUUAAAAAUGAUUUCACUCUGGAAAUAUUCCUCCAUGAUAUUUUUAUUUUAUUUUAAGGGGUAGAUCAGCUUUAAUAUUGCAGAUAGACUGUGGCUUCUAUCAAUGUAAUUGUCUGCAUCCUUUCCAAUACCCAAUAUAUAUUUUUUGUAAUUAUAUAUAUUAUUUUAAAUAUAGAUUUUUUUAAAUAUACUUUCCUUCUUUAUUAUUUUCCCCUAAGCCUAUCAACCCUCCUGUAAUUGGAAUAAACUAAUGGACAACAAUAAUUUGGCUUCUACAGUGGGGAAAAAAAGUAUUUAGUCAGCCACCAAUUGUGCAAGUUCUCCCACUUAAAAAGAUGUGAGAUGCCUGUAAUUUUCAUCAUAGGUACACGUCAACUAUGACAGACAAAUUGAGGAGAAAAAUUCCAGAAAAUCACAUUGUAGGAUUUUUAAUGAAUUUAUUUGCAAAUUAUGGUGGAAAAUAAGUAUUUGGUCACCUACAAACAAGCAAGAUUUCUGGCUCUCACAGACCUGUAACUUCUUCUUUAAGAGGCUCCUCUGUCCUCCACUCGUUACCUGUAUUAAUGGCACCUGUUUGAACUUGUUAUCAGUAUAAAAGACACCUGUCCACAACCUCAAACAGUCACACUUCAAACUCCACUAUGGCCAAGACCAAAGAGCUGUCAAAGGACACCAGAAACAAAAUUGUAGACCUGCACCAGGCUGGGAAGACUGAAUCUGCAAUAGGUAAGCAGCUUGGUUUGAAGAAAUCAACUGUGGGAGCAAUUAUUAGGAAAUGGAAGACAUACAAGACCACUGAUAAUCUCCCUCAAUCUGGGGCUCCACGCAAGAUCUCACCCCGUGGGGUCAAAAUGAUCACAAGAACAGUGAGCAAAAAUCCCAGAACCACACGGGGGGAUCUAGUGAAUGACCUGCAGAGAGCUGGGACCAAAGUAACAAAGCCUACCAUCAGUAACACACUACGCCGCCAGGGACUCAAAUCCUGCAGUGCCAGACGUGUCCCCCUGCUUAAGCCAGUACAUGUCCAGGCCCGUCUGAAGUUUGCUAGAGUGCAUUUGGAUGAUCCAGAAGAGGAUUGGGAGAAUGUCAUAUGGUCAGAUGAAACCAAAAAAUUACUUUUUGGUAAAAACUCAACUCCUCAUGUUUGGAGGACAAAGAAUGCUGAGUUGCAUCCAAAGAACACCAUACCAACUGUGAAGCAUGGGGGUGGAAACAUCAUGCUUUGGGGCUGUUUUUCUGCAAAGGGACCAGGACGACUGAUCUGUGUAAAGGAAAGAAUGAAUGGGGCCAUGUAUCGUGAGAUUUUGAGUGAAAACCUCCUUCCAUCAGCAAGGGCAUUGAAGAUGAAACAUGGCUGGGUCUUUCAGCAUGACAAUGAUCCCAAACACACCGCCCGGGCAACGAAGGAGUGGCUUCGUAAGAAGCAUUUCAAGGUCCUGGAGUGGCCUAGCCAGUCUCCAGAUCUCAACCCCAUAGAAAAUCUUUGGAGGGAGUUGAAAGUCUGUGUUGCCCAGCGACAGCCCCAAAACAUCACUGCUCUAGAGGAGAUCUGCAUGGAGGAAUGGGCCAAAAUACCAGCAACAGUGUGUGAAAACCUUGUGAAGACUUACAGAAAACGUUUGACCUGUGUCAUUGCCAACAAAGGGUAUAUAACAAAGUAUUGAGAAACUUUUGUUAUUGACCAAAUACUUAUUUUCCACCAUAAUUUGCAAAUAAAUUCAUAAAAAAUCCUACAAUGUGAUUUUCUGGAUUUUUUUUCUCUGUCAUAGUUGACGUGUACCUAUGAUGAAAAUUACAGGCCUCUCUCAUCUUUUUACAUUUUUACAUUUUUAGUCAUUUAGCAGUCGCUCUUAUCCAGAGCGACUUACAUGAGCAAUUAGGGUUAAGUGUCUUGCUCAAGGGCACAUCGACAGAUUUUUCACCUAGUCGGCUCGGGGAUUAGAACCAGCGACCUUUCGGUUACUGGCACAACGCUCUUAACCACUAAGCUACCUGCCGCCCCAGUGGGGUAGUUUUUAAGUGGGAGAACUUGCACAAUUGGUGGCUGACUAAAUACUUUUUUCCCCCACUGUACUUCCAGCUUAUACAUACUACAACAAUUUCACGGACAGUAUAUUUUAUAUUAGUUCUCUUUUGUUUGUUUUUAGUCCCAGCCUUCAGCUACUCUAGGAUAACUUUGUUCCCACGCUCCCCCUCUCCCAAUUCCACCCCUGGCAGUGGGUAGUAACACUGUCAGCGGAGUUAGUAUGCUGCUACUGCACUCGCCUGACCCUGACAACUUUAGUGAGUGGCUUGUUUGGGGUUUGUGACUGUUGUCAUGGAGUAAAUGGCAUGUCACCGGUUGUCACUGGCAGGGUGGCUGUGGCUGUGGUGAGUUCUCUGGCAGAGGCUCGGGGGCUGUCUGUUUGUCAGGGAAGGGACCCACUGUUAGAUCAGGAGAGUGAUCCUAUAAAAUCUUUAUUGCCACUCAGCCAUCUGUUCAGCUGUAAACAAUGACAGCAUCAUUCUCCCAGCGUAUGUUUCAGCAUGUAUGAUUAAACACCUGCCACUGUACUACUCUCUCUGAGCUGUAGGACAACAGACUGACCUUAUAGUGGAAAUGACUAGUAUUAAUACACGUAUUUGUUGUGGUUUUUAAAAGUGAGUACAUCAUUACGUCCUGGAGAACCACGGGGCAUGUUGUUGGCGUUCAACCAAAGCUCCUCAAUGUUUUAUUCAUAUCAUAAUACAGGCCUUACUAGAGUGGCUUCAUGCCACGGAUGAAUACAGUGAGGGAAAAAAGUAUUUGAUCCCCUGCUGAUUUUGUACGUUUGCCCACUGACAAAGACAUGAUCAGUCUAUCAUUUUAAUGGUAGGUUUAUUUGAACAGUGAGAGACAGAAUAACAACAAAAAAAAUCCAGAAAAACGCAUGUCAAAAAUGUUAUAAAUUGAUUUGCAUUUUAAUGAGGGAAAUAAGUAUUUGACCCCUCUGCAAAACAUGACUUAGUACUUGUUGGCAAAACCCUUGUUGGCAAUCACAGAUGUCAGACGUUUCUUGUAGUUGGCCACCAGGUUUGCACACAUUUUAGGAGGGAUUUUGUUCCACUCCGCUUUGCAGAUCUUCUCCAAGUCAUUAAGGUUUCGAGGCUGACGUUUGGCAACUCGAACCUUCAGCUCCCAGAUUUUCUAUGGGAGCAAGGUCUGGAGACUGGCUAGGCCACUCCAGGACCUUAAUGUGCUUCUUCUUGAGCCACUCCUUUGUUGCCUUGGCCGUGUAUUUUGGGUCAUUGUCAUGCUGGAAUACCCAUCCACGACCCAUUUUCAAUGUCCUGGCUGAGGGAAGGAGGUUCUCACCCAAGAUUUGACGUGUACAUGGCCCCGUCUAUCGUCCCUUUGAUGCGGUGAAGUUGUCCUGUCCCCUUAACAGAAAAACAUCCCCAAAGCAUAAUGUUUCCACCUCCAUGUUUGACGGUGGGGAUGGUGUUCUUGGGGUCAUAGGCAGUAUUCCUCCUCCUCCAAACACGGCGAGUUCAGUUGAUGCCAAAGAGCUCGAUUUCGGUCUCAUCUGACAACAACACUUUCACCCAGUUAUCCUCUGAAUCAUUCAGAUGUUCAUUGGCAAACUUCAGACGGCCCUGUAUAUGUGCUUUCUUGAGCGGGGGACCUUGCGGGCGCUGCAGGAUUUCAGUCCUUCACGGCGUAGUGUGUUACCAAUUGUUUUCUUGGUGACUAUGGUCCCAGCUGCCUUGAGAUCAUUGACAAGAUCCUCCCGUGUUGUUCGGGGCUGAUUCCUUACCAUUCUCAUGAUCAUUGCAACUCCACGAGGUGAGAUCUUGCAUGGAGCCCCAGGCCGAGGGAGAUUGACAGUUAUUUUGUGUUUCUUCCAUUUGGUAACAAACUGAGAUUAGGAGCACUUCCUUUAAGAGUGUGCUCUAAUCUCAGCUCGUUACCUGUAUAAAAUACACCUGGGAACCAGAAAUCUUUCUGAUUGAGAUGGGGUCAAAUACUUAUUUCCCUCAUUAAAAUGCAAAUCAAUUUAUAACAUUUUUGACAUGCAUUUUUCUGGAUUUCUUUGUUGUCUCUCACUGUUCAAAUAAACCUACCAUUAAAAUUAUAGACUGAUAAUUUCUUUGUCAGUGGGCAGACGUACAAAAUCAUCAGGGGAUCAAAUACUUUUUUCCCUCACUCUAGGUGUUUGUGCUGAGGUUCAGGAGCUAGCAGUAUUGAAAGUAGUUGUUGUAGAGGCAUGACCGGUCGUGUGUGAUUUGGGUCCCGUUCAUUAGGGCACACCGUAGCAAAACGUUUUGUAAUGGAAAACAAGUCUUUCAUAUUGGAGAAGUUCAUCCCGGUUUCAGUCCAUUUUCUUCUGUUUUGUACUUAAUGAACAUGACUUAGUCUCUCUCUCUCUUUCUCCCCUGGUCCUUCAGCCCAGCCCCAGAGUGUGGGUCUCAUAGCUGGCACCAUCGCCACGGGCGUGCUGGCUGUCAUCAUCUGCUCUCUACUGGUGCUGGUUACACUCUUCUACUGGAAGAACAAGAACAAAUACGAGGAGGAGGAGAUACCCAACGAGAUCAGGUGGGUCUUUCAUUGGCUUCCUGCUUUCUUCCAUCUCUGUCCAUCUAUAGCAACACACUAGUCUAAACAUUAGACUCUGGACUCACCAUAACUGUUCUGGUGCCGUGCAUUUGAUAGGCUACAUAGAAUAUGUAGUAGAUACGUGUUGAAAACGGAGAUAUACUGUAUCCUUGAAAUUACCCUUUUGAAGUCAGUUUUAUCCAUUUGCUGAGGUGUUCAAACUUCAAACUCUCCAACUUGUCUUCAUCACACCCCAAUUUGUUAUUUCAAACACUGUGAAUUCUCUGUCGCUUGUUUAAAUGGCAUGCUAUUCUUCCCCUAUAUUACUUCAUAAAUACAUUUGAAGAUAAAUCAUUGCUGGAAUGUUUCAGCUCUGAGCUAGUGGGAUAACAUCUGCCUCAUUUGGGUGUUGAUAAUGUCCCUGAAUUUAAAUGUGGUCUCAAUGUGGUGCCUCUGCACUUAUACCACUGACAUUUAACAUGUUCUCUAACACCAUUUAUCAGGACCAAGCUGUGGAAGUGAAUGUCACUCCUCUUAGAGUGAUACAUUUUUUAAGAAUGGUUUGAGAAACCUCCUAAACCGUUUUUUUUGUCAUUCCAGUUGGAACCACUUGUCCUUGUUUUGUCAUUUAGGCCUUCCCAAUCAUUGCAAGCACUAUUCCGACUAGAUGAUACCAAUAUUGGAUUUAUAAUACAAGUGAACAUCAGUUGUGGUUGUUGAUCAUCAAACACAACAGGCCACUGUGGCUCAUCUGAAGCCAGAAGUAAAUAUUAUCUCUCUGGCUAAUAUAGGUUUGCCAAAAGGUGCCCCAUAGCUGUUUAACUAUUCAUUUAUAUGUCCUAAAUAUAAUAAGUCAUGCAUAUUGCAUGCUCAUUUAAUUGACUGUCUCACUUAAAUCCCUUUUUAUAACAGAGACAUCUCCAUCGCUAUCAGGUCCACUAAUUUUCAUCUGCGAAAAGAGAGUGUUCAAAACAGUGUAAUAUCUAAUUAGUGGAGAUCAAACACAACAUUUUUCCAAUAAACAUUCACAGUAAGGAACACUGACUGCUCAGACUGGGGUUACAAAUAGAUUUGCCUAUUUAAAAGUUUAUAAACUUUAAAAAACUGUUUGAAAGAAACAAUCCCACUAUUUGCAAUUAUGAGUACAUUUCCGACUAGCGUUUUCAUUAACAGCUCAGUCAAACAUGAAGAAGAAGAAAACCCAGUGGAAUUUAAGCUGCAGAUUACAUCAUAGGGCAUUGACUAAACAGUUAGAAUUGGAAGAGAAACCUAAUUGAGUAUUAAGAUGUUGCAACACACUUGUUAACGUAAAAGCACCAAAUACAUAUGUCACAUAUGAUGUUGAUGGAAAUACGUUCAAGAGUGACAUAUUACUUAAGAGAUUGGGAUGGAUAUGGAAACCUGUUAACAGUGACUUUUAACCUCCUGUAAUUUCUGUAGUCCCUAUAGUGACCUCCCGUGCCCUUUGUGCUUGACAGGGAGGACGACCUGCCCCCUAAGAGGUCGUCGUCAGUGAAAGCGUUUCACGCCGACGCCUCAUCCUCAGAGAACGACACCCUGACGUCCACCAACACCUACAACAGCCGCUACUGGCACAACCCCAAGCCCAACUACGACACCAACUCCUACACCCGCUACAACGGCGACACGCGCCAGACGUUCUCUACGGGGCAGGCAGGACACACAGGUCAAAAGGGGGUACAUGCAGCUCACACAGGACACGGGACGCUGGCGCCGCCGGGCUCCGCCCCACUGGCCCGCCAGGCCUACUCCAAUGGUAGCCACACCCUCCCCCCGCCCAAGACUCUGGUAGUCACUACCAACUCCGCCCCCUCCCCGCCCACCAUGGUGCGCAGCAAUGGCUCGGUGAGCCUGAAGCCUGUGACGGUGGCAUCGCACGGCGGGUACACGCACUCGUACGCCGUAAGCCAGGCCACGCUGGAGCGCAUGGGCGCCGUGCCCGUCUUGGCACCAGCCCAGAGCAGAGCAGGCUCUCUGGUCUAA